CUCUCUCUACACUUUCGCUCUUUAUCUCUCUCUCCAUCAUUCGGGAAUAGGGUUUUCGCAUUCAUACGUUUUCAUCUCUUUUUCGCGUCUUUCUCUCUCUUCUGCAUCAAACUCCAUACUAUUUUUUUGUUUUUUUAACCCCCUCAAAUCCAAAGAGAAAUGGGGAAGAUAAACAUUGAAUCUCUUUCUGCCUUUCGUUUGCUCUAGGAUUUUAAAGAAUUCGAUUCAGGUUUUAUAGGUGGUUUGCAUGGUUCAAUGGUUUUUUAGGGAAAAACAGUCGUUUGUUCAAAAUUAGGGUUAGGAGAGAGCAGUCAUCGAUUCAAAAUUAGGGUUAGGGUUCCAGGAAUAGCGUUUUCUAUCACAUCAAGAGCCAAAAAGAAGAAAAAACAAAUAGUAAAUCUGGGUAGCUUUUCCAUGGCUUUAUAUGGUAGAGAUUGGAAGCAGAGAUUUCUUAUGCACUCGACUAAUAAAAUGGCAACACAGCACAAGCCCAAAAGGGUUUCAUGGGCAUCAGAGGGAAAUCUGUGUCAGGUGAGACUGUUUCUUUCGGAGGAUCCUCCAACACAUGCAGGAUCUGGAGCUCAAGAUCUCCUUCAAGCAAAGGCCUCAUGGCUCUGGCACUCAACUGGAACAGGAGAUGAGCUGCCUCCUGGAUUUGAGACUUCUCAACCUAUGUGGCAUCCAAAAGGGUUAUCAUCUGUCAAGUGGCGGUACCCUCCUAGAUUCAUGAUAAAUCCCUCUUGGAAAGUAGCGGCAGGGGAAGAAAGCAGAGAAGUUGAGGUUCAAAAUCAGCGCCAAUUUAAGGUCUUAGAAGCUGUAUAUCCACGUCCAUCUUCCAUUCCUCCAAGCCCCUCAGAUCCAUCGGAACCCGAGGAGGAACCAAAUAGUCACCAUCCUCCCCUUAUUCCAAUUACCCCAAUAGAAGAUGAAGACCCAUCAGAACAUCUUGAAGCCCCCCCUUCGACAAACACAAAUUUUGAAAACCCUAGCUUACUAGAGAGCCUACCCACUUCAACCGGAGUAGAUAUCAGGCCACCAAUUGAACCAGCAGAAUGCAAUGAUUUAUCGAGUGGUAUCAAGCUAUCAUCAGAUGGGAAGCCAAUAAGCAUGAGUGGCACAAGGGGCACAGAGCCUGAUGUAGCAGCUGCUGCCUCUGCUGCCUUCACAGCCAUACUAAAAAGCAAGGAGGAAGGAAGCUUAAUAGACCCCGACCUCCUAAUUCGGAUCCUAAGCAACCCUAAACUGAUUGAGAAGUUCCUCACUGAGCAUGGUAAGGGUGGUGCACCAGUUUCUCAUGCCAACCUUAAGAACCCAACUAUUAUUCCCAUGAUACACCCACCAACUACUAGCAAGCCACAUCCACCUGUUCAGACUUCACCGGCAACUUUCCCGGCCAAUUGUUACUGUAGUAGCAACUCCUUGGAUUUUCAGGCUUUGCUCAGGAGGAUGUAUAGAUUUGAUAGUAGUCCCUUCUGCGGUUCUAAGGACGAAGAGGUUUCUGGUCUGGUGAUGCUAGAAACAGAUUUUCGUGAGGCUAAGAAGGUUGAUGGUAAAGAUUGUCUUGGUGAAGGAAGAUAA